UUGUUUAUUUUUAUGAUUUCACUACAAACACGAUUAGUUUUUGCAAUUUUUUUAAAAUGCUGUCUUUUAUUUUGCUGUGGUAAUGUUAGUAAUUAAUAAAUAAAAUGUCAUCGAAAAAAGCACAAAAAUUAAAAAUACAAGCUGUACAAAAGGAACAAGUGCAACUAGUACAAAUUGAAAACAUCUUAACAAAUCUACUGACCCAGGUGAACGAGAGCAUUAAUGAAUUAAAGGUUGAAGAACUCCAAAUUAAGUCUAGCCUUAUUGAACAAUAUACUUCAAACAAUUACGAUGAAUUACCCACAACAUCAGCACAAGCAGCUUCACGACAUAAUUCCAUUCAACCCACAACUGAUCCAUUAAGUAUAGAACAGACAAAUAUCAAAAUGGAUAUGGAGGGUAUAGACGAUAUAAAUAAACAAAUACUGGCUUUGGAAACACUACUUGUUCCACUCAAGAAAGAGAAAUACAAAGAGGAGGAAGAAGAGGAAUAUGAUGACGACGAGGAAGAUGAUGAUGAAGAAUAUAAGCCCUCGGAUGAAGAUGAAUAAUAAAAAUUUAAGACUGAAAUAUUGAAUUUUAUACAUUUUAUUUUAAGUUCUUAAACAUAAUUUUAAAUAAUUUAUUAUCAUAAUUAUAAUAAUUUUGUUAUUAUAGUCUGCCAGGAAUAAAAGUAAUUUAUAUAAUUAUAAGUAUAUAAGUUAAUUUAAUAAUUUAUUACAAGCGUUUUUUUGUUGAUAAAGAAAAGCACAAUAUGUAUAACACUUUUCUUACUUUAACAAUGUUCAAUAGAAUUAUAAACAUGUACAAAAUGGAAUGUAAAUUAUAUAUAUUUGUUUAGUUUUGAAUGAGAAAAUAUGUGUCUUUUAGUAGUUAUUAAUAAUUUAUGUAAAAUAAAUAUUUAUGUAUAUAAUUAAGGGGGAAAUAUAGACUAGAGAUUUAGUUUUUGUUCAAACUUCAUUAUACUGGUAUAUAUAACUACUGAUUUCAAAUAUAUAUAUUUAUAUAAAUAAGGAUUUAACUUAAUAGCUAAAUUAUUGUUUGAUUUUUACAAUAGAGAUUGUUCAAGCAUAAUAUUUUCAAAACCGGCAGGCGGUGCAUAAUGAAAAUUAUUUAGAAUAAUAUCUAAUAUUGCUCCAUUACCGAC